UGAGGUCAGAGUUCAUUCGGUGUCAACACAUGUGCGUCCGGAGAGCCAUGCGUUAGAGCUAGAACACGUCUAAUCCCAGCGGGUUGUGGUUAUUUGUCAACAUAACAAUGCCUGGGCAGAUAUCCUCUUCAUCAAGCGAGGAUGAAGAGGACGUCCAUGCAACAGAAUCACCUGUAAAGCAAAAAGAAACAGCUAAGAAGACCACCACGUACCAGUGUCCUGCUGAAUUUGUGCCUUUCAGCCAUAAGCCCUGCAGCAGCACUCUCACAGAGAGUCUGAAGAGCAACAGCAAUGAGUUGUGGCUCAUUAAAGCUCCUGCCAGCUUUAACCCAGAAUGCUUCAGCAGCAUCAAGGUGCCCCUCUCGGGUCUCCAGACCCUGAAAGUUCCCACGACUCCAGGCGGAUCCAAGACUGGGAGCGGCCAUCAGAUCUACAGUAUCCUGGCGUCCCCCCAUGGCACCUCCGAGCUCCACCUGCUCACCAGCGACAAGCGGUCCUCGGGCGGCGUGGUUUUCGGCCCUGCUUUUUCGGGCCUGCUGAACGUGUGUGAGAGCUACGGGGACAGCGGCGCCAACCAGGCCCCGCAGGUCAUCCCCGCAGCCCUGCCGCCCUCCAUACCGCCGGGGCUGAAGCAGCGGUUCCACCCGUUCGGCAGCAAGACCCCUACGUUGACCUGUGUGGCAGAAAGCGAGGUGGACGGGGCCGCCUUGGGGCCCUCGUCGGCGACCCUCCGCCCGCUGGUCGUCAAGCGGUUCGUGGAGGAAACGUGGCAGGAGGAGGAAGGCACAAAAAGGAAGAAGAAGAAGAAAGAGAAGCGGAUAAAGAUGGAGCGAGUAGAGGAGGCGGAGGUGAAGGUGAAAAAGGAACCUGUGGCGGAAAUUCAAGAGGAAGUGACGAUGGAGCUCCCCUUUCAGGAGGGCGAUGCUUCGGAGGAGAGGAGGAAAAAGAAGAAGAAGAAGAAGGACAGGGAGAGAGAGGAGGUGGAGGAGGGCGUGGAGCCCAGCGUGAGCGUGAAGGUGGAAAAGAUGGAGGUGAAAUGUGAACCGGUAGACCCUUCGUACAGCGACGUCGGGGAGGGCUCGGGGAGGAAGAAGAAAAAGAAGAAGAAAAGCAAAACUGAGGAUGACUAGCCCCAUAUUCGCUUUGUCGUUUAGUUACGUUAUUUUUGGCCUCAUGGGAGCCAUUAUACCACUAGCUUACUCCAGCGCGUUGAUCGAUGGCAUAAUGCAGGGAUGGCUGUGGCGAGGACAUUGCAGUCAAAAAAAAAAAGAA